UAUUUAUAAUCGUGUUUAGUAUAGCUGACCAAGGAGUAUUUUUAGAGAUUCUGAGCACAAUUGAAUAUCAACUUGCUUUGAAAUAAAGGCGGCGCGAGGGGUAUAGGGAGUAUUGUUGUUUAAAAUUAAAAUUCAAUAUUCAGAAAAUUUUUACUUGAAUUAUAAAAGAAUGAGUUUAUGUACGUGCUUCUGAUAACCCUCUCAUGAGGUCCAAAAUAAAAAAGUUACAUAAAGAUUUUUAAAAAAAUUAUCAAGUCCAAAAAUAACAAGAACCAACAAAUAGCAGGGUUUUUCGACAAAUCAAUCUGUCUGGUGUUCCAUUGUUGUCUUAUAUAUAACAGUUUAUGUUUAAAUUGAAACUUUAUACCUCAACUCUCCAUCUUUUAUGUGGUAUUAAAUAAAACAACGAUAUAUAGUAACUUGAGUUUGCAAGUUGUAAGAAAGAAUUGUGUACUUUACAAUUUUACUUUACAAUUUUACAAGUUUUUACUUUACCUUUAUACUUUCAAAACUUAUUUUUCAAAUCAAAUCAUUUUGUUUUCCGCUGUGUAAACUACCUAAAUUGUGUUAUAGUUGAUGAAAUUUCCAAGUAACUUUACAGUUUGAAAGUAAUGAGUUUUGCAGUUUUUGUUUUAUUAAUUGCUGCAUGCAAUGAAAAUAUUAUUUCAUGCAAUGCAAAACAAAGUGCAUUAGAUUUUUUGACAGAUUAUAACAACAAAUCUAAGUACAUGGAAUACGAACUUGCCGAAGCAAGCUUUAUAAAAGCUACCAAUAUUACUGAUUAUAACACCAAUGUUUCUGAAGCUGCAUCAAUAACAUACAGCAAACGUAUGAAAGAAAUUCGGUUUGAAGCCUCAAAAAUUGAUACAACAAACGUAGACGCUGACUCAAAAAGACAGUUACAAAUGCUAAAUGUAACAAUGGAAUCAAAAAAUGCCGAAAUAGUUAAAAAAAUAUCUACAAUUGGAGGAGAAAUGGAGAAUUUAUACAGCAAAGCAACAAUACCGAACAACAAAAAGUUUAUUAAAUUGAUACCUUCCGAGGUCAAUCAGCUCAGUCUUGAUCAACAUCUCAAAAAAAUCCUCGCAGAAUCGCAUGAUCCAGAUGAAUUGCUUUACGUCUGGGAAGAGUGGCAUAAUCGUGCUGGUCCCCCAAUUCGUAAUUUAUAUACAGAAUUUGUAAAGUUAAAUAACAUUGGAGCAAUAGAGAAUGGCUUCCAUGAUGCGGGCGAUUAUAAAAGAAAGGUUUAUGAAAUUGAUGAUUUGCAAAAUAUAGUAGAAAAAUUCUGGGAAGAACUUAAGCCAUUUUAUCAGGAGCUUCAUUCUUAUGUUAGAUACAGACUUGUUGCUCAUUACCCUAAUUUGGUAAAGGACGGAGAACCUAUUCCAGCCCAUCUAUUAGGAGAUAUGUGGGCACAAUCUUGGGCAAACAUAUUUAAUUUGACAGUACCAUAUCCAGAUGAACCAAGUCUUGACGUCACGGCUGAGUUGAAAAAAAAAAACUACGAUUAUCUAAAAAUGUUCAAAAAGGCAGAAGAGUUUUUUACUUCAAUAGGUUGGCCGUCACUUCCUCCUAGUUUUUGGAAAAAAUCUAUGUUUGUUCGACCGGAUGAUCGAAAUGUCACCUGCCAUGCUUCUGCGUGGGAUUUUUCGUUAGUUAUAAAUGGAAGUCAAGAUGUUAGAGUAAAAAUGUGUACUCAAGUCACGCAAGAUGAUUUUAAUACCAUUCAUCAUGAACUUGGUCACAUAUACUACUACUUGUUGUAUUGGGAUCAACCUAGUUUAUACAGAACAGGAGCAAAUCCAGGUUUUCACGAAGCAGUGGGUGAUACAUUGGUUCUCUCAGUUCAAAUACCUGAUCAUUUAAAGGAAAUAGGAAUUCUUGAAAGUGUUUCAAACUCAAAUGGUGCGGAUAUUAACUUUCUACUUAAAACUGCAAUGGAAAAAAUAGCAUUUUUACCCUUUGGUUAUCUAAUGGACAAAUGGAUGUGGGGCGUUUAUAGUGGAGAUAUUCAACCAUCUGAGUAUAACAAAAAAUGGUGGGAGUAUAAGCUAAAAUAUCAGGGUGUUAAACCUUUAACUGCUCGCAACGAAGAGUUUUUUGAUCCAGGAGCAAAAUAUCAUAUUCCUGCCGACACAUCUUAUAUAAGAUAUUUCUUUGCGCAUAUCCUCCAGUUUACUUUCCAUAAACAUGCAUGCAAAGCAGCAAAAUAUGAUGGACCUCUUCACAAGUGUUCAAUAUAUAAAUCUAAAGAAGCUGGGGACGCUUUUGGUGAUAUGUUGAAGCUUGGGAAAAGCAAGACUUGGCAAGCUGCUUUAAAACAGUUGACUGGAUCUGAAGAGCUAACAGCAGAUGCGCUUAACGAAUACUUCUCUCCUUUACAAACGUGGUUAGAAAAUCAAAGAAAAACCAAAAAGUAUACGCUAGGAUGGGAAGGAAAACCUGAGAGCAACAAUUCAGCUUUAUUUAACAUUAACAUUCAUAUGUUAUUUGUACUUCUCAUUUUUUCUUUAAUUGAAUUAGUAUUUUAAAUGUUAAA